AAAAUAUAUAAAUUAGUGUCAUAGAAGAUAAUCCGUCCUUGCUAAUUGAAGUUUUAAAUUACGCAUUUUCUUUUGCUUUUCAGUGGCAAAUAGAAUCAUGAUGAAGUUUUUGUUGCCGUUUUUCAUUUUAACUUUAAUUCCAAAACAACCAGUAAAUUGUGUGUUCAAAGAAAUUGUAAAUAUUGUGAAGGAAAAUCUUAAUUUUGAAACUUUAUUUCCUCAACUGACUGAAGAGGUAAAAGUAGCACUUAUUAAUAUAACAACUGGAUUACCGCAGUGUCUGGAUUCGAGUAAUUUCCCUUCACUCGGCUGUGAAAAUGAAAUAGGCGGCGGAAGUGACGUGAUGUCAAGUGUAACAUAUAUGUCGUGCCUGUUAAAAAAAGUUUGUUUCAAAAAUGAUACGGCUAAUUUAGUUAAAUUGGUGAACUGUCUUACAAAACUAAGUACAGCAAGAGUACAGUAUCUGUUAGAAGAUGUUAAAAGAAAUAUUACAGCAAAAAUAUACGAAUGUAUUGGUAGUACUACUGUUAAUAGCCGUAAUAAAUUAAUAAAUUGUAAUUUGAUCGAUAGAAUUCUAGAAUUAGAUAUUCAAUCUACUUUAAGUUAUAUAAAUACAAACAUUAUCGAGAAAUUAAAAAUCAAUUUCGUGACGUUAUUAAAAAUUCUUAGUGGAGAUAUGGAAGCAGAAUGUGUAGUUGACUUUAAUACAUGAUAAAUUAUUUUUGAUGUAAAUUUACGAAAAAGGAAUAAAAUAUAAAUGUAAUUCUACUGU